CCGAGAAAGAAAUUGGUGAAAAUCUAAGGAAAAAGCUUUCAGCUGGGCAUAAACAACUAGUUCACUCUGCAAGUUUUUUCCUGACAAAAACAGAAAAUACAGAUGGGAAACCACACUCAUCAAUGAAAAACAUAAAGGAAAAUAGCUCUGAUAGCGACCCUGAGAUUACAAAAGAAAUCGUGAAUAUUAGUUACAGAUAUGGAAAACUGAAAGAAAGCACGGAAUCAAAUGUUCAUAAAUCUUUUCUGGAAAACAAACUGGAAAACGACUUUGAGGAAGCCCUUCAGGAUAUAGAUAGAAUGGAACAGAAUGAGAAUAUGCAAAAGGGAUCUGAAAUUAUUCUGGAAAGAAAUGCAGGUUUUGGUUUACCAGAAAACCUUCAGCUUUCUAGUCUAGAGAAGAGAAUAUACGCAAGAUUUAUUUACCAGACUAUAGGUAUACACAUACCAGACCCUAGAUGUAUUUACCAUACUGUUGGUAUACAUAUACCAGACCCUAGAUGUAUUUACCAGACUAUAGACUGUAGGUAUACGCCGGGAAACUCUAAAAGAAGUUCUCCGGGGGGAAACUUCAUCAGAUCCCCACAGUCUUCGGAGGAUGAGGGGGAGGAGGGGGUGGAGGAGGAGAAGAAGGAUAAGGACACAUUUAUUGAUCAGAAAACGGAUAGAGAUCCCUUCAAGGAUGAGGAGGUUGGAACUCCUGUUUAUAACAGGUUUAAAAUGAUGAGAAUAAAUACAAAUGCUUGUAUUCUCGCUCCCCCUGAAUAUAAGAUAAGUGAAACAUCAAAUGAUGAAGAUAAAAUGAAGACAAUACAGCAUACUGGAUAUGAAACAGAAGUAAUUGAUGGAAGAAGAUCACAAGAGAAAGAAGAAAGAGUGAAAGGUGAAGAAGAAGAGAAGAAGAAGAAGAAAGAUAAGAUUCAAGCAAAGCCGGAAAAAGUUAAAACAACAGUAAACGAAUUGAAAACUUUAUUUUUCCCAAUGAGAAGACUCCGUGAAGUUCUUCAUCUAUAGAAAAUUGACUAAAGAUUUAAUAUGAUUUAUAAAACAAAGUAUCUCGGAAUUACAACCAUAUAAUUAAAGUGAAAAUAAUCCCAAACAUUCUGCUUAAAGUUUCUAAAAAGUUUUUUGUAAUUUUUAAUGCUUAAGAUAAUUAGAUGUCAUGAACAAAAUUUUUGAUAUUAAACGAUUAUCAGUUUUUAUGAUUUACUAUAUAUAUAGAAAAGGCAUCAUCAAUAUUGGAACUAAGCCAACCGCCCACUGGGGGUUUGUGCAUUUAGACCUAAAAAAAAUGUCGUAGAAUCCCCCGGUGCACGGGGGUUGGCUGAUUUCUGAAAAAAGAUUUAGAUCAUCCCUACUAUAUAGUUUUACAUACAGGGUGUCCCAUGACAGUAGCAAGAUUAAUUGAAGGUCGCCUUUUGUCUUUAAAAUAAUUUGCAUCAUUAAGUGGUAAACUAGUUUUAGAAGUAAAAUUCUAAAGUUUAUUACUUCUAGUCUUGGCAUUUCUAAAAAGUGGUCUGCCUUUUUUUUUAGUUUUUAUGAUAUCUCCGGUAAAAUUUACGGCUCAAAAAAGGCAGACCACGUUUUGCAAAUACCAAGACUAGGAGAUUAUUGUGGUUUUCUCUUUAAGAAUCAUACAUGUUAAAGUAGGUUGACGACCAAAGAUGAGAAAUAGAUUUAAAGAUCUAAGACGACUUUUGAGGCGUCUUGUUACUGUCAUUUUUCCGGGACACCCUGUAUAUUAAAUCUAAGAAUUUUUAUCUAAGUAAUUGAAAAUUGUCUUUAAAUAUUACAAAUGCUAUGUCGUCAAAUUUAAAGGGAGAGACCUGCAACAUAUUUAAACUGAGAAUGCAGUAUUUUAGUGAAAAACAAUGGGAUUUAUUUGACACCAAUAAGACAUUUUUACGGUGUACUAUUCUUAACCUUAUUCCCGCUGGGGGGGGGGGUCAAU